AUGGUCUCCUCUUUUCCAUCUUCCAUGCAAGAUGUCUUCGUUCUUCCUCCCAUCAGUGGUCUAGGUGUGAAAAAUCAAAAUAUUGAGGCGGAUAAUUCUUUAGUGUAUCUUCCAGUUCGAUCAUGGGGUUCCUUUGCUACAUGUGGAAGAAGGGAGUCCAUGGAGGAUACUCACUUUCUUAUGCCUCAUGUGGAGAAUCAAAAAGAUGUCCAUAUGUUUGGAUCUUUGAUGGGCACCGAGGUGGUGCAGCUGCAGGAUUUUGUGUUGGAGCAUUCAGAAAGGAAUGAAAGACGCAGCAUGUCAUCAAUGAUAGAUGUCCCAGGACCUGUGAUGGUUUCCCGUGAGAGAUUUGGGUUCAUAUUGAACAUCAUUGACACACCAGGGAUUGUUGAAGGAGGUUAUGUCAAUGACCAGGCUCUUGACCUCAUCAAAAGAUCAGAGGCUCUUCUAAAAGUUGUAGAAUCUGGAGGUCGUUUUAGGAAACGUGAAGUUAAGUGGCAGUCAAUUCCAGUUGUAUUGGUUGAAAAUAGUAGCACGUGCUGGAAAGCAUACCUUUGGCUUCCCUUCAUCCCAUUGAUUAUAAUACUUAUAGUUGGAACAAAACUACAAGUGAUAAUAACAAAAAUGGGGAGAAGGACUCGUGAAAUGGCAAAUGUGGUGAAGGGUACACCAAUGGUUCAGCCAGGAGACGAUCUCUUCUGGUUUGGUCGACCCAAACUCGUACUUAUACUAAUCAAUUUUUGCUCUUUCAGUAUUCGUUUCAUCUAG